AUGUCUUAUAUGCUACAGCACUUACGCUCUGGAUGGGCAGUGGACCAAGCCAUCGUGACCGAGGAGGAAAGAGUAGUCUGUAUUCGAUUUGGCCACGACCAUGAUCCUGAAUGCAUAAAAAUGGACGAAAUACUGUUUAAAAUCGCUGAAGAUGUUAAAAAUUUUUGUGUAAUUUACCUUGUGGAUAUUACUGAAGUUCCAGAUUUCAAUGGAAUGUACGAGUUGUAUGACCCUAUAUCAGUGAUGUUUUUCUACAGAAACAAACACAUGAUGGUUGAUCUGGGCACUGGCAACAAUAAUAAGAUAAAUUGGGCCAUGAAUAACAAACAGGAGCUAAUAGAUAUCAUCGAGACCAUCUAUCGAGGUGCAAGGAGAGGGCGCGGUUUGGUAAUUUCUCCCAAAGAUUAUUCCACCAAAUAUCGUUAUUAG